AUAGCAAAGCCAUUGUGGAUGGAAACCUGAAGCUCAUUCUUGGCCUGGUCUGGACCCUCAUUCUCCACUACUCGAUUUCCAUGCCUGUGUGGGAAGAUGAAGGAGAUGAUGAUGCCAAGAAGCAAACUCCAAAGCAGAGGCUGUUAGGUUGGAUUCAAAACAAGAUCCCAUAUUUGCCCAUCACCAACUUUAACCAGAACUGGCAAGAUGGCAAAGCGUUGGGAGCCCUCGUGGACAGCUGUGCCCCAGGGCUUUGCCCCGACUGGGAAUCCUGGGAUCCUUCGAAGCCUGUGGACAAUGCCCGGGAAGCCAUGCAGCAGGCGGAUGACUGGCUGGGAGUCCCACAGGUCAUCACCCCUGAAGAGAUCAUUCACCCCAACGUGGACGAACACUCGGUCAUGACUUACCUGUCCCAGUUCCCCAAAGCCAAGCUCAAGCCGGGAGCCCCCCUUAAGCCCAAACUCAAUCCGAAGAAGGCCAGGGCCUACGGCCGAGGUGAGGACCCCGGCAGCCUGGCUUCCAGCUGCCGCUUUAGGAACGUUUCUAAUUUCGGGUGGGAGCUGUGGCUGAGCCUCUUUACGAGCUGGUUCCCACCUCUGGUGCACCCCAUUGUGUUUGCUGGGAUGCUCCUUCCCGCUGGAAAGGGAGUCCGUCAUUGCCAGCCUCUUCCAGACUUAGACUUUGCUGAAACCUCCUGGCAACGGCCUCCAUUUUGCAUUUUACAGCUCUGGGGCCGGUUUGUCUUAAAAAAGUAAAGUGAGGUAGAAAUCAUUGUGAGGAGAGCUAAUCCCUGAGCAUAAUCUGAUUUAUAACCUAGAGAAGGUAUAUUUUUCACAAAAGUCU